UCACGUCAACUUGACAUCAACAAAAUAUUUGGUCAAAAUUACUCAAAAUAUAAAUCCAAAGACAUUGAAAGUGAAACAUUUACUGAAAAUUUUGCUAAUUGUCAAAAUCCUGCACUAAAAUAUAUUUUUAAAUAUAUCUACACAUCAAAUAAAACAAAUAGUCACAAGAAAUCAUUGUUCAGUUGUCCAAUGAUGGAAUAGAAUAUAAUCUGUAGGAAGAAUACUCCCAUAAAAAUCAUGUCUCAAAGACAAAGACUAUUAACUUGUGUUGCACAGUGGAUUCAUCCCAAAUAUGAUGAAAGUAACAUUAUAGCAGCAACAUUUCACAUGCUUACAAUUACUUUAAUUAGCAUGUCCUUAGUGGAUUUAACAUGGUUUUUUAUGAGUGGACAUGUCUGUGUUCCAUAUCUCACCCUGGGAGAGUUCUUCUGGUUUGGAUUUUCCAAUGAUGACAUUGAAUACACAGAUUUUGAUUGCAUUACUGCAAAAAUUGUAAACAUGAUGAGAAUUACAAUAUUGCUAUGUUUCAUGACAAUAUUAUUUGCCCUUAUGGGUUUCUUUUUGGAAAUAAUUGGUCCCAAACAUCUCUUCUACAAAACUUUAAGAAAAUACGCUAUUAUGGGCAUAUGCACAGUUAUAUGGAUAAUGGUGAUAAUUGGAAUAACUUAUUAUAUUAUUUUAUUGUUAGAACAGUCACUAGCUAAAGUUUAUCCCAAAGUCGAAACUUCAGUUACCUAUGGUAUUGGAUUUUACCUCAUUGCAGCUGCUGGUGCUGUAACUUGUUGUGGAAUAAUCUACGCCCUCGUUCUUCCAUUUCACACCGCCCGUUACCUACGUGAUGAUGACAGAUGCCUUCUAGAUGCAUUUGACGACGGUCUUGACACUUUCCACCAUCCCAUACCACCACCGCCUUAUUACAUUCCUCCACCACCAUAUACUCCUUGAUCAUCAUUCCGAAUAUUUAAUUGUUGAGGUAAGGUUUCUAAUCAAU